AUGCUAUCUAAGAACUCGACCAUGAGACGCACAAGCAAGCAAGACAGCAAAAAGAGACACUCGAUGAUGGUAUCGCCCUCGAGCCUGGAUAUGACAGGGUUUUCAUCGUUCACAGCGUUUUCCGGUCUGUACGGAUCCAAAGCCGGGAACCGGUCCGCAGAAGACAUGCGGAGCGGCGAUGCGAGCUUUGUGGCGCCGCCAGAGACUAGUCGCAAGUCACAUAUUGGCAAGUCCAAAACCUCGAGUUUGAAGCGCAGCACCGUGCUGCUGGACGACAGUAUGGUUCGCGAGUACAAUCUCGCCAUUCAAGAGCUUACGAAGGAGCAGACAGACCACUUUUCGCCACAGAGGAAAACGCCGCAUCGGUCACACCACAGCACUGUUUCCGCCUCUUCCAGCAUGUCGUCGUUGUUCUCCCGGGAAAGCUCCAUGUCGGUUCAGGACCUUAUGUACGAGAAAUGCGAUGCCGAACUUCCGAGCCAGACCAAAUACCAAGGAAAGGGCUUUUUCACCGAGGCCGAGGAGCUGGAGAAAUGGAACUGGCGCGAUGAGUCGUUGGAACACACGAAAAGAACUCAGUUGGACUUUUUUUGA